AUGGGCAUCGUCGUCUCUGUCGGGAUUCCUCUGUCGAUCUUUGGACUGUAUGUAUGGAAAUUGCAUCGCGCAAUGACUGCAGUGCCCCCUGAGGCGCUGGCAAUGUCACCACGACGCUGGACAACGUCUAUGGUGCGGGAUGCAGCAGUCCAGAUCGCACAAACGCCCUUGAAUACGCUCCCAUACCUUCCACCUGCGACGGGGAGGCGUUACAUCGUCGUUGGAGGUUCAGGUUUCGUAGGUGGGUGGAUCAUCCUACACCUUCUUAUGAGAGGCGAAGACCCGAAGAAUAUACGUAUCAUCGACAUUCGUCGUCCGGUUCGAAAGGAUAUGCUCGCUGGGAAGGCGACCGAGGUCGAAUUUGUCGCAGCAGACAUCCGGGACGUAGACUCCGUCCGGGCAGCCUUCAACGCCAGCUGGCCGACAGACAACCUCAAGGGCAUCACGGUCAUCCACUCAGCUGCAGGCAUGCGCUAUUUUGAGCGAGAUGCGUCGCUGGUCUACCGUUCUGCGGCGUUGAACGUCGACGGGGCCAGGAAUGUGUUGAACGUGGCGCAAGAAACACCAGGCGUUGACAUCUUCCUCUUCACCUCAUCCGGCAGUAUCCCGAUUCCCCGAACCAACUUCUGGGCGUUUCCGUGGAAUUCCAAGGGGCAGGUCCGGGUGGCCCAUGACCUGGAUCCCCAGUUCACAAAACACGAAGAGUUCUUCUCCAACUACUCGUACACCAAGUACCUGGCAGAAAGCCUCGUGCGCAAGGCUGACAACCGUGAUAAGGGCUUCCGAACUGGAUGUCUUCGACCCGGCAGCGCCAUCUACGGCGCAGGUGGAGAUUUGAUGGCUGGAGCGUACUUAAAGAAAGGCAUCAACCCUUCUUGGAUUCGUCCCAUUAUCCAGUCGAUGGCGUACGUCGAGAACGUGUCGUAUGCACAUCUUGUGUACGAGGCCCGGCUCAUAGAAGCGCAAACAGCAGCACCAGACGCACCCGUCCAAAAGCUGGGCGGGGACUGCUUCCUAAUCACGAACACUGGCGACCCCAUCUCUUACGGCGACCUCUACUUCGCAUUGAAUACCCUGACUGACGGUCGCGCCACUUUCCCUAUAGUCCCUGCUGGGCCCAUGUUCCUGCUUGCCCACCUCAUCGAGUUCUACCACCUCCUUCAAUCACGUCUUACGUUCCUGCCCCCGCUUCAAGGGGACAUUAUCAACCUACAACCUUCCCUAUUCGACCUGGUCACGGUUCACUUGAAGCUAGACGACUCGAGGGCUCGUUUGCCACCUUCGGAGGGUGGUUUGGGAUAUCAGGCACCUUGGACAACCCUCGAUGGCGUGUGCCAACUAGUCUCAGAUCAUUUGAAAGAAGAGGCGGAAGAGGCAAAGGACAAGAAUGCGAAUGGUAUUAUUACCUCGAAGAUACCUUCCGUGACAAUACCCGAACUUUCAUCGGAACUUAGACACCGUUGA